AUGCAACGCCGGAGCCAUGUACGCAAGCAAUUCGUUCUGUGCUUCGACGGCACUGGCAACAAGUUCAGCGGCACGGACGCGGACUCCAAUAUCCUCAAGAUAUAUCGUAUGCUCGAUCGCAAUGGCGAUGAUCAAUUCCAUUAUUACCAGCCUGGUAUCGGGACAUAUGUUGCGCAGGCCAAUAGCUCUAUGUCCAGGACUGGACGUAUCGAUAGAUUCAAACACUGGUACGCAAAAGCGAAAGAUAGCGCAGUCGGCACUUCAUUCGACUUGCACGUUAUGGCUGGCUACCGAUUUUUGAUGAGAUACUACACUCCUGGAGACGACAUAUAUUUCUUUGGCUUCUCUCGAGGCGCAUACACCGCUCGCUUCCUGGCGGAAAUGCUUGACCACGUUGGUUUACUCUCAGCUGGAAACGAGGAGAUGUGUCACUUUGCCUGGAAGACGUUUCAGAAGUGGCAGUGCCGGUUGGAAGGUAACGAUGAAGAGAAGAAGGAGAAGAAGAAGCUUCUCGAGUUCAUGUGCGCAUUCCGAGAAACCUUCAGUCGCCCAGUGCGCGCUAUCCGAUUCCUCGGUCUCUUCGACACAGUCAACAGUGUACCACACUUCGAGAACGCAUGGAUGCAACGCAGCAGAUUUCCAUACACUGCAAGAAGUUCGGCACGUGUUAUACGACACGCUGUUUCGAUCGACGAGCGACGCGCAAAAUUCCGCCAGGACCUUAUCUCUCAGGCGAAGCCUGACCACGCAAUGCUCUACAAACGUCAACAUCGGAAGCAUCACAUGAAGGAUUUCAUUAAUCGUGACGAGACAAAUGAUGACGACGAAACAUGUCAGAACGAUAAAGACGUUGAACAGCCUAGGGGCCGUCGUAAUACCCUUGCUCCGCCUGACAACUUCAGGGACCCGCACGAGACUUCGGGAGUGCGUAGUUUGAGCCCGAACUACUCGUGUAGUAACGUGUCGGUGCAAUCAACUGAUCCCAUUCACACACAAGAUUCUUGGGACGAAGAUGAGGGUGAACAGGACAUUAUGGAGGUCUGGUUUCCAGGCUGUCAUGCAGACAUUGGCGGAGGCUGGCCCCUCGAAGCAGAGCAUGACGCUGCAUUGAGCCAUGUGCCUCUCGUGUGGAUGGUUCGUGAAGCGCAAAAGGCAGGCUUGGAGUUUGAUGAGGAGAAACUAGAGGCCUUGAACUGCUGCCACGAAGAUCGCACAUUCGGCGAUCCACGACACCAAACGAUUGUACCCGCCAUCGCCGUUGACCCGGGUUCGCCAGCUCUUGAUAAUGGUCAAGUUAACGGGAACGAUGAUUUAAAUGCCACCGCCAACGGUUUCGUCGAUGACAAGCACACCCUAGCUCACCACCAUACCCACCCAGACACAAGCUUUCACCGAAAGCUUCACUAUGCCGCAACACAGGGCCGCAUGCACGACGUGCUCCAGUUCAACAACGGAGCUGGCACGAUGGGCGUCGUCUCUUGGAACAUCAUGGAGUACCUGCCCUUCCGACGCAUGGAUCUCUGCGAAGACGGGUCCUGGAAAGCGAUCAGAUGGCCACUGCCUAAGGGUGAGACACGUGACAUCCCAGCCGACGCUAUGAUCCACUCCAGUGUCAUCAAGCGCAUGCUCGCGAACCCAAAGUACAGGCCUGGCAACUUGAUUGUUGGUGGUGGAGGCCGGGGCGUGAGGACGGCCCCCGAAGAGAUGGGUAUCGGCAAGUGGGUGUGUUGCGGUGAGGAGGGGCAUCCUGUGGGUGAGUGCUUCGUCAGGAAGGAGAAGCCGGUCAGGAAGGGGACCGAGCAGAGCUCGCAUUCUAGUAUGAUGCCGAGUGGACCGCAGGGCAAUUACUUCUCUGGGCGUUAGAGGACAACAUCAGCGUCGAUGUAACGUACUCGAACCCAGAAUCAGCCUCAGAAUCUAAGUGACCUAAGAUACGCCUUCGACACCUUCACCUUCGACCUUCUGGGUUUGUUCAACGCAAGACGAGGAACUAAAUCACUCAAAAGGUCUACGAAAGUUAAGUCCCGUCUCCCUAGUGAAUGAAUUCGUCCAGGCUUGAGCUGUUGUGUUGGCAUUAAAAUCCUCCAUUCUUACAUUCAGACAAGUUGUGUCGACCAUUAUCGCAGUUUGACCACUGUGUCAUUCCAGCCAUCUGGGUAAACCUCUGACAUCUAAACGCUACCAACAAACUGGUGAUAAACAUCUUUCGGGCGAAGUAGCACGUAAGAAACCCCUCUGAGGGAAGCUAAGAUGUCGCUUGCUUCCAUAGCUCUUAGACCUAGUUCAAAUAAUCCUCAUGACGUUUCGAAUAGUCUUCAUUCUGCCCAGUAUCUUUUCGGGGGUGCGACAUG